AGGGCUUUAGCGUACUUGAUUGCUGACCCUAAUGUGUCGGAGGCGGUUCUUGGGAGGCCUCAUGCCAUUCCCAAUCUUCUCAGGUUCAUAUUCUUUGCUCAACCUCAUCAAUCCAAAAAGCACCCAAGGCGAAGUUCAUUUGACAUUUCUGACCCUUCAAAAGGCAGAAGCAUGCUUGUUGCAGCAAUCAUGGAUAUUGUCACUUCCAAUUGUGACAAUGUGGACAAAAUCAAACUUAAGCCCAUGCUAUCAGGAACUGCAACAAUGAGAGAUAUUGCAGCUGCACUUGAAGUUAUUGAAGAAGGUGGCAUGCACAUGGAUGAGCCACCUGGCAGCAGCCAGGAUGAUGAUGAUGGAACUGGAUUAAAGGGCAUUGGAAUGGAAGUUCUUGGAGGCACUUCAAUUGUAGGUCUUUCUACAAGCAAUCGAUCAAUGGAGUUAGAUGAAUCUAAAGCCACUCACAACUCAUCAUCUUUCAACAAAUUAAACAACACUUCUUCUGUAAACACAACUGUUAUCCCUGGACUAUGGGAUGAUUUGCAUUCACAACAUGUUGCUGUUCCUUUUGCUGCAUGGGCUUUAGCAAAUUGGGCAAUGGCAUCAGAUGUAAAUAGAUCCCAUAUCCAAGAACUCGACUUCAAUGGACAUGCUGUCAUGUCUGAUGCUAUUAGAUCUCCUGCAAUCACAAUCCUUUCUCGUAUCUGUGAAGACUAUGGGCCUUCUUCCAUUCCCAUUUCCCAAGGUUGGUUAGCUAUUAUGCUUUCAGACAUUCUCAAAUCCAGAAAGUUAUCUCUUAAAGGGAGUGCUCAACCUAGGGACAAAGUCAAGACACAAAUCGAUCAGGCAAAUGUACUUUCUGGUACCCAAAGUGUGAACCAAUUGGCUAGUGCUGUGGUCAACUUAGCAGUCAAUGGUGAUUCAUUUGCUUUGGAAGAUUUUCUUACCCUUGAACCAUUUAUUAACACAUACAAAAAUCUAAAGAAAGGAAAUAUCCCUAAAGUGAAUGCUUUAGAUUCUGCACUUGCAACUUUAAAGGGUAUCAAAGCAAUGACAGAAAUCUGCAGUGAUGAUUUAUUUUCUCAAAAGAAAAUAAUCGAUUAUGGCAUAAUUCCUCUGUUACGCCACUUUUUAUUAAGUGAUGAUUAUGAGAAGUUAUCAGCAAUUGAAGCAUAUGAUGCACAAGGUUUGACGAAUCUUACACAAUGGUCUGGAUCAAGCUUGCCUCUUCAGGAAGUUAGCUCGAUGCUGUUGGAAAAGCUUAUUGCAACACGUAUUGGAGAUCGACCUGUUGUAUUUGUAACUCAUAGCAUGGGGGGAUUGGUUGUGAAACAGAUGCUACAUCAAGCAAGUGCAGAAAACAGAGGCAAUCUUGUCAAAAACAGUGUUGGUGUGGUAUGUUUGAUUUAAUAACUUAUCACUACU